CUUCCAUCCAAAGGAAAUACCACAGCACAUCUACCAAACAAAUAAUGGCCACAGAACGAGUAAAGAGCGUCCUCGGACAUCUCCUUCCAGGCCAGAAGCCUUUGGACCAUAUCACGCAAAAGAACCCAGACGACAUUGUCAUCACUCUCGCGAUACGAACGCCUCUCGCAAAAGGCAAGAAGGGAGGUCUGAAGGACACUCCUCUCGAUGGCAUUGUUUUCAAGCUCCUCGAGCAAGUCCGACACAAGAGCCGAUUGGACCCACAAUUGGUUGAAGAUAUCUGCUUAGGAAAUGUCUCCGAUGCAAAAGCUGCCUACUACUGCCGUGCUGCCCUCCUCGCAGCAGGCUACCCAAACACCACCGCCGGCUCUUCAGUGAACCGCUUCUGCUCCUCAGGCCUCAAAGCCGUCCAAGAUAUCGCCAACCAGAUCAUCACCGGCAGCAUCGAAGUCGGCAUCGCAAUCGGAGCAGAAUCGAUGACCGCAGGCGGCGACCGCCUGACGCGCCCAUUCGUCGACGACAUCCUCAACGCCAACCAAGAAGCCCGCGACUGCUUGCAGCCCAUGGGCCAGACUUCUGAGAACGUGGGAAAAGAUUUCAACAUCAGUCGUGAAAUGCAGGACAGAUAUGCUGCCGAGUCAUACCGACGUGCUGAGGUCGCUCAGAAGGCAGGCUGGUUCGAUGAUGAGAUCGCUCCCAUCAAGGUCCAGCUCGAUGGCAAACAGGUCACGCUCACUCGCGACGAAGGUCCAAGAUACGGAACUACUUUCGAAUCUCUUUCGAAGAUUCGUCCAGCGUUCCCAGACUAUGGUGACAGGUCGACUGGUGGCAACAGUUCGCAAGUGACCGACGGUGCCGCCGCUGUCCUGUUGAUGAAGCGGUCCAAGGCUCUCGAGCUGGGCCAGCCAAUUAUGGCCAAAUAUGUUGGCGCAACGGUCGCGGGUCUUGCACCACGUAUCAUGGGCAUUGGCCCAUCGAUCGCCGUGCCAAAGCUCCUUACUAAGUACGGUCUGACCGUUGACGACAUUGAUAUUUUCGAGCUCAAUGAGGCUUUCGCUUCCAUGGCGGUAUAUUGUCGCGACACACUCAAGCUUGACUGGCAAAAGAUGAAUCCGAGAGGUGGCGCUAUCGCUCUCGGUCACCCGUUGGGAUGCACGGGUGCAAGACAAAUUGUGACCGGUCUGAGUGAAUGCAGAAGACAGCAGAAGAAGAUUCUGCUUACGACCAUGUGCAUUGGUACUGGCCAGGGUAUGGCAGGUUUGUUCGUGAAUGAGCAAAAUGUAUAGAGACAGACGAUCUUCUGUAACGAUGCAUUUACGUAUAUGUACAUAUCUUGUCGCAGUUCCAUUCGGCGAAAAAAAAAACACGGGCGUCUACUCAAG